AGAUGGGCUUUUGGGAGGGAAUCGGUCAAAGCUUUCUUGGGCCGGAGUGCAGACACCUCCGGUCUCUCCACUCUCCUAUAAGAUAUAGACCUGCGCUCCAUUCCCUCUCCCAUCCAAUCUCAGUUUCCAAGGUAAACCAAGAGGCGAGACCAAGGUAGACGACGAUGGCGGUGUCGGUGGAGCUGCCCAAGGAGUACGGCUACGUGGUGCUCACCGUGGUGGCCUACGCCUUCCUCAACUUCUGGAUGAGCUUCCAGGUCGGCGCCGCCCGCAAGAAGUACAAGGUGUUCUACCCCACCAUGUACGCCACCGAGUCGGAGAACAAGGACGCCAAGCCCUUCAACUGCGUCCAGAGGGGGCACCAGAACUCGAUCGAGAUGAUGCCGCUCUUCUUCGCCACGCUGCUGCUCGGCGGCCUGCAGCACCCGGUCGUCGCCGCCGCGCUGGGGCUCCUCUACACCGUCGCCAGGUUCUUCUACUUCAAGGGCUACGCCACCGGCGUCCCAGAGAACCGCUACAAGCUUGGGGGGCUUAACUUCCCGGCGAUAAUGGGGCUGAUCAUCUGCACGGCGUCGUUCGGCGUCAACCUUAUCAUCAGGGAAGCGAUCUGAGGCUCCGGACUGAUGCCUGACUUGAUAGCCGUUGUGACUGGAUCACUGGAGUCAUUUUGGCGUGGUGGUGAUGAUGUCUUUUGAAGUGUCAAAUGUGUGUGUGCGUUUGUUUCUCUCAGAAUAAAGCUAGAUGGAGACGGUUUUGCAGUACA